GGCGUACAAGCUGGUGACGGAUGCCGUACGCUCCUCCCGUACUGCCUCCACAGAGCUCCGGUCCGCGCUGUCGCUCUCCCUGGCUUCCGCCUCCUCGCUGCCCCCCUCCGGCACCGCACCGGCAGCCGGAGGUGCAGGAGGAGGAGGAGGGGCCAGGGCAGGGGCUGCCAGCGGGCCGGGGGGCGACAUCGGUGCCGACGUGGAGGGCGCCCUGCGGCACGUGUCCACCCGGGAGCUGGUGGCGUGCCUGGCGCAGGUGGACGGAGUGCUGGAGGCCCGACAGUACCUGGCGCAGCGGGCGAGGAGCGAGAUCCGAGCAGUCAUACGUCGCAGCCUGGAGACCUUCCUGCAGCAGGCCUCCUCCGCCUCCGCAGCAGGGGACGCGGCAGCGGGGGCCAUGGGCGGCAGCACCAGCGGCGGCCUGCAUGCGGCGGGCGGCAGCAGCUCCCCCUCCUCCUCCUCCGUCCCCUCCGGCAUGGCGAGCCCCGCCGUACGAGUGCUCACACAGCGGCUGCUGGCGCACGUGGGGGGAGCUUGCCUGCAGACGCUAUCCCGGCUGCAGCACGUGCUGGUGGAGCUGGCUGCGGCGCCCGCCACCACUCAGAGCUCCGCACUGGACGAGCU